AUGGGAGAUAAUCCAUUAGAUAAUUAUUCACCUUUUGAUGAUGUUCAGGAUCCAGAAACAAAACCAAAACCAGCUCCAGUUCCUGCACCAUCUACAUCAAAUACACAAGAAGAUGAAGAUGAUAUCGCAAUUAGAGAAUACGAAAAGCGCCUUAACAUUCUAGAAUCACGUAUAAACGCGCAAGUAACUCAACUAGCAGUGGCACAAGAAACAGGAUUCGUUGGAAAUCCGCCAAAUUGGCCUGCUUUUUAUCCAUUAGUUCAUUUCGAUAUUGAAGAAGUCCCUCCGGGCUUACGCAGCUUUGUAAAUGAAGCAAUGUUCGGAUGGUGCUUAAUGUGCAUCGCAUUUGCCUUAAAUUGGCUUUCUUGCGUUUGUUUAUUAAAUGCCGGUGAUUCUGUUGGCUCACCAGGUACGAAAAUCAUAUUAUCUACAUUAUAUUUGUUUGUUGUUGUCCCAUUAUCAUUAGAUCUUACAGGUCUCGCUGUUUAUCGAGUCAUGAAAAUUGAACCAUCAACAUUUGCAUUCCUUAAAGUUCUUAUUUGCCUCUCCGCUGCAACACUAUUCGAAUUUAUCCUUGCAAUUGGCCUUGAUAGCAGUGGAAGCGUUGGUUUAAUUACAAUGCUCAAUUUGUUCUUCAACGGACAUUGGUUUAUUGGCAUACUUGGAAUCUUGACAACAGCAGCCCUUGGUUUGACGUGCGCAAAUCAUGGAAGACUCGUUCUCGGAAUCUGGAAGUAUUAUAGAGGCACAGAAGUUGGCGCGAACAUGGAGAAUGAUAUCAAGAAGAGUCUUGCUGUUAAGGUUGUCGAAGCCCUUAACAAAUCUCGCUCAAAUGACAACAACAAUAAUAAUAACAAUAACAACAACCAACAUUAA